AUGGUGGGGCGACCCGUAUAAGUAAUUGAAAGUACCCCACCAGCGCUCAGAACCGUCACGGGCACAGAUCCAGACGUAAUCUCGGAAGCCCGAGGACACAGCGAGCAACACGCGACAAUAAAGAGAGAAACAGAGAGAGAGAGAGAGAGAAGCUGCGAGGAGGAGAAGGAGAAACGAUAAGGAGGAAGAGAGAAAGAAGAGAGAGAGAGAGAGAUUAUACAAACGACGUGAAGUUCCAUUCGCGUACCCGGCAGUCAUCGAAUCUGACAGCGGAGACGCACGCGGAGAGGACGCGAAGAAGACCACUUGGCGAGCGCGACUCCUACACCUUGUUUUGUGACGAGUGAUAUACGACAAGAAACAAAGUGUGAUCCCCCCCCCGCCCCGCAUGGCGCCGCACACGAGUUACACGCCGAUCAGCGGCAUGGAGUACGAGGAGCCGGUGUCGCGCACUUACCAGUACCGCAAGGUGAUGAAGCCGAUGUUGGAGCGCAAGCGGCGCGCCCGCAUCAACCGCUGCCUCGACGAGCUGAAGGAUCUGAUGGUGACCGCGCUGCAGGCCGAGGGCGAGAACGUCGCCAAGCUGGAGAAGGCGGAUAUCCUGGAGCUGACGGUGCGUCAUCUUCACACGCUGCGCGCCGCCCGGAGGCUCACCCUCACUCCGGAGAACAGCUACGCCGAUCGGUUCCGGGACGGGUUCACCCAGUGCGCACAGGAGGUGUCGACGUUCCUCUCGACGUCGGUCGCCGCGGCGGUGCAUCCCGCCGCCGGGGCGCAGCUGAUGCGACACCUCGGCGGCUGUCUACGACGCCUGGAGAGCCCGGCCGGCGCGAAUCCCGCGACGACGGCGUCCACGGCUUCCAAGAGCCCGUCGCCGAGCGGCCAGAGGAACGUCCCGCCGCAGAACGUCUACUCGCCGCCGCAGAGCCCCGUCAGUGUCGCGAGCUCCUCCGUCGAGUCCACGGACUCGUCCAACGCCGUCUGGAGGCCUUGGCGAUGAACCUCUUCAGCGAGAAGUGCUCACGGCUACACCGUCAUAAUGCUGACAGCUGCCGGCGUUUAAACAAUACGACGAACUGG